UUGGUUUCUGUUUAGAAAGCUCCACAAAAAUUUUCCCAAAAAGGUCACGAUAUUUGUCAUAAUAAUAAAGGUCAGUUCUACUGAGAAAGAUCAAAAGAAUGUGUGAUAGAGGUUUGUUCUGUUUCCUUUUCCGACAUGGUGUACGCUCAAGCUGUUCCGGUUCCAACUCUCGUGGAGCAAGGCGUGACCAAAGUUCCAGAAGCUUACGUUUGCUUCUCUGAUGGAUUCAGUGGUGAGGUCCAGGACGAGGAGAGAAUCCCAGUGAUAGAUUUGCUAGAUCUGGAAUCCAGCCAUGGCAGGCAGCGAAUAGUGGGCGAGAUCGAGCGGGCUUCCAGGGAGUGGGGAUUCUUCCAAGUCACAAACCAUGGCGUUUCAGAGGAGACCAUGGAGGGGAUUGUCCGAGCGGCACUGGAAUUCUUUGGACAGCCGAUGGAGCAAAGGAUGGAACUGUUUAGUGGCGAGCCAAAGAUGAAUGGAACGAGAUAUGGGACGCGCUUGGAUGAAACUGGCGUCCAGGACUGGAGGGAUUUCCUGGUGGUCGGGAAGUGCCAUCCACUCAGUGAAGAAACUUUCGAAACUUGGCCAAGCAAUCCUCCAUCAUUCAGGAGCGCAGCAGUGAAGUAUUGCCAGGAAAUCCGAGCUUUGGCCUUCAAGGUGAUAUCGCUUGCGUCCGAGAGCCUGGGAUUACGUCCCGAUCGUCUUGAGAGAGAAUUCGAUCCAUUAGACCAGCUUUUGCUCUUCAACAGGUACCUCCCUUGCCCCCAGCCGGAUCUAGUGCUGGGAGUUCGCAGCCACUGUGAUCAAGGUCUCCUCAAUAUCCUUUUGAUCGACGAUGUGCCCGGCUUGCAAAUGAGGAAGAACGAAGAAUCGCCAUGGGUGCCAAUCAACACAAACCGGAGAGCUCUCGUCGUCAACUUUGGAGAUCAAAUGCAGAUCGCAACCAACAAGCGUUACAAGAGUUUUGAGCACCGAGUCUUGGCUAAUCCCGAAAGAGCGAGGCUCUCCAUUUCCAGCUUCUUCAACCCAGCGGUGGAGGCGACGAUCAAGCCUCUGCCGGAAUUCGUCGACGCGGAUCAUCCAUCCCGGUAUCGCCCAGUGAGCUUCGGAGAGUACGUGAAAAUUUACAUGGCCCGGAGACUGAGGAAAGGAACGCCGGAAUCGCUCGAGAGCUAGUUUUUCCGGAGAAGCUCCAGGCAUGUCAAGCACGAAGUUAAAGUAUCAAUGAGCUGCCAAGGAAAAGCAAAGGUUGCGCGUUUGUGUUGAAAAAGAAAACAAGAAACUUGGCCUACCAGUUUUAGUUGCGCAACAUCUCUAGUUUCGUCGAUGGCCUUGCGCAGCUCCUUUCAAAAAAAAAUACAAAUCAAAUGGGAUCCAAGACUCGA